GUCGUUUUGCUUUUUUAUUUUGCAAUAAAAUGUUUAAUUUAUGAAUAAAAACAUAAUAAUAUUAGCAAUAUGGACUUAACGAACGUUUGCCGCUGUUGUCUCACUGAUGGAUGCUACAAAGAUAUAUCAAACGAGUAUUUCUAUGGGGGACAAAAUGAAAUUUAUUCAAAGAUGUUGCUGGACACUUUUAACUUAACUAUAUCCCAACAAAUUCAACUAAAGCAGCUUAUCUGCGAAGACUGCAUAACAAAACUCCGGGAUGCCAACAACUUCAGAAAGAUGGUGGUCGACACAGAGAACACGUUGCUACAAAUGCUGAACGCUAGUGAAGGAGUUGAUGCAGAACCUGCUCUAAAACAAGAGAACAGUGAAUACGGUGAUGACUUUGACGACACGCUCGAUGACCAUUUUAACAACGACUUCUCUUGGGACGUUGGUGAUAAUACGUUGAACGAUGAAGAUAAAGGUCAAAUAUUCGUAAUAAAAUUGGAACCCAAAGAUGAGCCCGAGACCGUUCUAAAAAAGAAACCAACGAAAAUCUUGAAAAAGUCAGCAGUCAGCAAAAAAGUUGAAAACAAAUUGAAAACCAAACAAAAUACCAAUGGAAGUAAGAACGUCAAAAAAUCCACAUGCACCACAGCAAAAUCAAGACGAAACAGAGAGAAGGCAGUAAUACCCCAAAGCCAGAUCGCCUCCCGCGAAAAUUCGCUCAAGCUGAUUUUGAACUCAAACCUCUGCCUCUUCAAGUCGUUAAAGACCAAAUUCCGGUGUUUCCACUGCCCAGAGAGUUACUUGUCCAUGCAAGAUCUGAGAGAGCAUUCUAAAACCCACUCUAAUAACAGAACUUUACAGCUCAGAAUCAAUUGCUUAAGAGGCAUGACGUACAGAAACGUUGACAUAUCAUCUCUAGCGUGCAAACUGUGUCAAGAAAGUUGUAUUAAUUUAGAUAUUUUAAAAUCCCAUUUGACAGAAAAGCACAGUAUACAAUUUGGCAACGGAGACCACUUUUUGAUUCCAUACAAUUUGGAAAACGACUUCAAAUGUGUGUUGUGCGAGGAAACAUUCAAUACAUUUACACGAUUGUCCAUCCAUAUGAAUUCCCAUUACAUGAACAACGUUUGUGAAAUAUGUGGUGUGUCUUACAUCAACCGAUUAAGUUUAAGAAUGCAUGUGAACUCCGUUCAUAAAGAGAAGAAAUGUUCGCUGUGUUCAGCUACGUUCAUAUCACACUAUCUCCGGGUGAAGCAUAUGAGGAAAGUUCACAACACUGCAUCGUCUAAAAGAUACUGUAUGCUGUGCAAUAAAACGUUCAGAUACUCGUACUUAUUGGAGGAGCAUAGGAUUCAAGAGCACGGAGCCAAAAGACAGAUCAGUACGUGCCCGGAGUGUGGGAAAACGUUCUUGUCUCCGCAGAAUCUGAAGAUACACAUUCGUUGUGUGCAUGUUAAGGAAAGGAAUCACCCUUGUGGUAUAUGUGGCAUGAGGUUCUUCACAAAGUGCGACCAGAAGCGCCACGAGCGAACACACGAAGAUGUGCGGUCUUUCGCGUGCGGCUACUGCGAGGGCCGGUUCAAGGCGAAGGACUCCUGGCGGCGCCACUUACGAAGACAGCACGCGCACUUGUUUGAUACGCAAUAAAAGAUGAUUCUAGA